AUGGCUGCUGUAGCGACGGUCGAUGAGGACAAGGAAAAGGAGCGCGUAAUGUCGCUGCCACAGCUGCAAAAUCUCAUGAAGAGGGACCCGGAGGCGUACUCAGUAGAGUUCGACCAACAGUGGUCCCACUUCGAUAGCCAGAUGGAGAUCUUCAAGCUGAAGCCACAGAAGCCCUCGAGCUCUUUUGCGGAACAGGUGAUGUUCCUGGCCCAUGUGGCUCCAAGCUUUCCAGACCGGGCCAAGGCCUUUCCAGACCUGUUGAUCAGUGCAUUGAACGACCACUUCGAAGUCAUGCACAGCAAUAUGCGGACAACGCUCGUGCAGGCCCUGAUCCUGCUUCGCAACCGGAAUCAGUUUCCGUGCAGCAAGACGCUGCCGGUAUACUUCAAGCUCUUCAAGUCGCAGGACAAAGGUUUGCGAAAAAGCAUCUUCACCCACAUCGUGCGCGACAUUGCGCACAUGAACCAAAAGUCCAAGAAUCAGAAAGUCAACUUCGAGCUGCGUGACUUUUUCUUCGCACGGCUGAAGGAAUCCGAGACCGAGGUGUGCCGGCAUGCGUGUGCUGUCUUCAUUACCAUGUACCGACAAAAUGUCUGGUGCGACACGCACGUGGCCAACCUCAUGAGUGCCGGGCUGCUGCAUCCUGAUUUGAAGAUCGCGGCUGCAUUGGCACACUUAUUCCUCGGGAACAAGACCAAGGGACUCGAGGGCAUCCUCGACGAGAGUGACGACGAAGAAGAGGACGACAAUAUCAACGAGGCUGUCAUGGGCAUUGUUGGUGCCAAGAAGACAGGCAACAGAGUGAAGAGGCUCAAGAGGGCCAAGAAAGCUGCCAAAAAAGCAGCGAGAAAAAACGGCAAAAAGGACAACACAGCCGUGAGCUUCGUUGCCAUUGAUUUACUAAAUGACCCGCAAACUCUGGCCGAAAAGCUGCUGCAGCGCUUGAGCAAGGGCGGCGAGCCCUUCCUUUUUCGACUGCUGAUGCUGCACCUUGUUGCCAGGUUAAUCGGUCGGCAUCAACUGCAGGUUCUGAACUUGUAUCCGUUCUUGCAGAAGUAUUUGGUCCCAACACAGAAGGAGGUUACCAAAGUGAUGGCUGCGUUGGUAGAGGCAUCGCAUCCCGCUGUGCCACCUGACGACGUCCGACCGGUUAUCUUGCACAUAGUUCGGUACUUCGUCACGGAGGCAAACUCUCCUGAGAUCAUCGAAGUUGGCUUGAACACGAUCCGAGAGGUGUGUGCCAGGUCAAUCAACAUACUGACCGAAGAUGAGCUGGCCGAUCUUUGCAGCUUCCGCAAGCACAAAAACAAAGGAGUAUCGAUGGCAGUGAAGAGUCUCAUCAACACCUACCGUGAGCUUCAUCCACAGCUUCUACACCGCUCACUACGUGGUCGAGAAGCGACGAUGGCCGUCAGCAGAGGGGAAGUGCAGACCCCGCAGUUCGGCGAGCUCCAGGCAUCGGAGCAGAUCGAAGGGCUUGACCUCCUUGCAGCAUCCAAGAAGCACAAGGUGGAAGAUGGGACUGCUGCGGAUGCGAAAGAUCUCAUGACCGAGAAGGUCUUGAGCCCGGAUGACUUCAAGCAGCUUCGAAAGCUUCGCCUGCAGAAGUCCAUCGAGCUCCAGAUGGGCCGCAAACGAAAAGCGGAGGAGAUGAGCUCUUCUUCUAACUCCGGCAGCGACUCCGAUGCUGAUGCCGACGCAGAGGAGGACGAGCGCGGGCUCACAGGCGACCAGAAGCGUGUGCGGUAUUGUGCAGUGAAGUGUCCAGUUCAAGGCACUACCUUCGCCUGCAACGAUGGAUGUGUGAUAUCUUCAACAUUCCUGAACGACGAUCAUUGUGACUGUGCCGGCUGCGAGGACGAAACCAACUGGGAGUGGGAUGGUGGCGGGAAUCCCACGUGCAACGAUGGCUGCCAGCUUGGCACCUACGACAUAAACAAUGGCUACUGCGAUUGCGCCGACUGUGAGGACGAAGAAGAUUGGACCUGCGAGCUUUGUGCCGGUGACAACUUUACUUGUGACGACGGUUGUGCUAUCGACGGCACGAAGGUCAACAACGGCUUUUGCGAUUGUGGGCAGUGUGAAGAUGAGGUGCCCUUUGAAGAAGCCUUCCAGUUUUGCUGUGCAUUGGUCCUGCGAGGAGUGUGGCUGCCCUACAGCCUGCGGCGAACCCGGCAAGCCUUGUCCUGCUGCUUGGACGAUGGAUACUCUGUAGGAACGACAACAAGUGCGACUGCACUGGGUGUGACGAUGAAGAUCGAUGGGAUUGCACGACGUGUAGCUGCCCUUCCGGCGAGCUGGAUUGCGGAACAGGUUUCGGAUGCGGGCCAAGAACUGGAGAUCUCUUCUUCGCCUGUGAAAGAUGCUGGAUUCCCUUGGCACAGAGGGACGAUGGGGAGUGCAACUGCGAGGAAUGUGCCGCUUUAUUUCUUUAUUCAUCGUGUUUACUGCGUUUUUGUUCCGUGGUCCUCGACCGUCUUGAACAUGAAUGUCGUUGCCAAGGAAGAUGAAGCAAACUGGACCUGUGCCAGCUGUGGCGGCUGUCCCGACAAGUGUGGCCAGGGAGGAUCUGCGGUUGUUUGCGUCCGGUGCACAGUCGAGGAGCACAAUGUCUUCAUCACGGAGAUUGCUGAUCCGAGAAACAACGCCGGAGGGCGGUUUGUCGAGCUGUACUCCGUGAACGGCCAGUCUCUCACAGGUAUGCAGUUGUCGUUGUCUGGAUGCUUGUUCAAUGGUAGGCCUCCGCUUGGUGCAGUGGACGAAGCCUUCUCUGCACUUCUGUAUGCGUUCGUGCCAAGUUCGUCAGAUGUCAAAAACACGGCGAAGCUUCAAGAGGGAAUGUUGAGCUCACUGAGGAAUGGAAACCUUGUGUAUUCGUCCUCGUCGGCAGUGGACCUCGGAAUCUUGACAUCUCUCCCCUCUGGCGGCUUCCUCAUUAUUUGUUCUGACAAAACAAGCUUCGAUUCCUUGUACUCACCCGCCACUUGCCAUCAUGAAGCAAGUGCAGCGGACUCCAACGGUGGCGACACCAUAGGAAUCAUAGAUGUCUCAGACAACAUUAUCGACAUCUUUGGGAUACCCGGUGAACUCGGCAUCGGUACUGCGCGCGACUUCGUGGGUGGUCGCGUGGAGCGCAGGGCAGGUGUUAACUCAUCCAGAGCUUCUUGGCGUGCGGCCCACUGGAACAUUCAAACGGAUGCAGAUGCGCCGGGAAGCUUCGAUCCGCACAGAUGGGUUGGAGCCCCUGCGAUUUCGACAGUGAAGGUCGCCGAGGAACUGAGUCCCUUUGUGUCCCUAGCCUUGGACGCAGCAAGGACCGUUCUCUCCUUGACGCAGGUAACAACGGCGAGAAGUGACACAGCACUCGGGGCCAUUCUAGCUCUUACGCUGCUGACGAAUCCGUAUGCAUCAGACUCGCCGCCAUCUUUGAUACAAGUGGAGGCAGCGAGACCAGAUGACCCUCCUUCCGUUUAUAUAGCAUUCUCAAAUGCGUACAUCCAGCAGCUGCCGUUCCCCGGGCUACUGGUCGGCGCCAUCGACGAGCGUGAAGACAUAGCAACCUGGAUUCCUCCACAUGCUGCGUAUCAUCCCUCGAGCGGAGAGACGAUAUCUGUGGGCACUGCCAGCGGAAGGCUUGGGCAUCAUUUUCUCUACGCGAGCCUUGCGAAUCUGGAGUCUCAGUCCUUCGCCGACAUCGUGGCAGCCAAUGCGACCGCGCAGACAUAUUGGAGGUUGACGCAGAACACGUCGUACCCUGCCCGCGCAGCCUGCGUCCGGCUUGGCUCCGACAGCACGUGGAAGCAGGAAGCAGUCUAUCGCCCAACCGUCACAGAGCUGCAAGCUGCAGGCAUUACAACAGACCUCAAUGGGUUCUGGUGCGUGGCAGCGCGGGGUUUCGGAUUAUUCGGCAUCUUCAUUCCGUUCGCAUCCGAAACGACAACGCCGGAGCCAAGCACGACAACUGCAGCAUCCGUGGCCCAAGACGUGCAGGGCCAGGUUGUGACGCUGGCUAGCGGACUGGUCGCCGACACCAUCAGUCAAGCACUACAAAAUCCAGUGGAUCCUGUGGUCGUGCCAAAACCAGAUCCACCGGUCGGGACAACCGUUGACCUCAUCACUCUUCCCGUUCCCGGCGCGAACAGUUCGUCAUUUCUGACGCUGACGAAGCCCGAUGAUGGAGCGAUCCCGAUUGCCAUCCCGACAGCGCUGCGGUCCUCCAUUGCCGCACCCUACGCGGCCGUUCUGGUCGCCCAAGUCCAAGUUGAACAAUCUAAUUUGGUAGCGUUGGGUCUUCCCGCAGCCUUGGCAAGCAGGCCGACUGUGACGACUGCUGAAGGGAAGCAGCUCAAGCUUGGCUACAAGAUGGUGGAGGUCAGCUUCCUGGACCUCGACAUGGGUGGUGGCGCGCAAGUCUUGGCUGUCCCGAGCUCGUCCAGCCCCAUCUACAUGAGGCUCUCUGAUCAGAACUUCCCCGGUGCCGUGUGCGCCUUUCUCAAUGCUGCGAACGAGUGGUCCGAGGCCGGUACCAGCGUUCCGUCCACGACAGAGAUCAGCGAGGCUUUUGGCCCUGACAUUGCCGCGGCGGGCGGCUUCUGGUGCGCUGCCAACCACCUCUCGCUCUUUGCAAUCCUCGAGGCAGCUGGAGACAGCACACAUCAAAACAGCACAGCGACCGCGACCAAAGUCCAGAACAAGGUCUUCGAGUGGACCGAGCCUCUGUCGCAGGAUGCGGUUCAGAUGUCAGGCAGCUUGCCGUACACCUCCGCGGCAAAGACCGCGGUCGUCUCCGACGACAUCGUGGCGGGUCUCAUCACCCUGCCCUUUGCAGAUCCGAUGGCAACUUCUGAGUUCCUGCUCCUCGCAGCCAUGAGUGACAGCGGACUGGAAGCGGCGGUUUUCAACGGGUUCCGGUCCCUGUUGCCCGCAUCAUACCCGGCCUUGGCUGUAGCCUCGUUCGCCACCACCCUUGCAGCGCAAGCUCAAUUUGGUGUGAACGGGUUGUCGUAUGGAACGAUCGUCGAAACGGCCCAGGGGCACUUCAAGAUCGGCCCAAGGGCGCUCCAGGUGAGCCUUGUGGACAUGGCCCAAGUGCCCACAAUCACGGCCGUUGACACAUGGUCGAGAGAGGAACCCUUGUACUUCAGGCUCGCAGACGAUGUGUUCGCCGACACCGCGAUCUGUGCUUGGCUCAAUCACCUGAACGAGUGGGUUCAGGACGACACCUACAGGCCGGACGAGGACGAGCUCCGAGUCGCUCUCGGCACAGCAUGGAGCCCUGGCUUUUGGUGUGCCACGCUUCACUUUGGGCUCUUCGCGAUUCUUGAGGUCCUGGUAGAACCUGGCGAUGUUGCCGGCGCGAUGCAGAACUUGGUGUUGACCUCUGCAGCACAGGUGUUCUCCGAAGCAUUCGUUGCUGCCUCCACGCAGCCUCAGCAAUCUGGUGCUUUCGGGUGGAGUGCUGGGACUGGGCUGGCUGGAGCCCUCGUCACUAUACCGGAGCUGCCUGCGUCGUCAGACGACAGAUUCGUAAACGUCGUGGCGGACAUCUACGAGGAGAUCUUCAUUGCCCUGCCAGCAUGGCUUUCCGAAUCCGUCGGUGGCUACGAUGUUCUGUCUGUUGCUGAGAUCCAGUAUGACAACAUGAACGCCACAAGUCGGAACUCUUUGCCAUCGGGGCCCCUAGCUGCAAAGACGAGCAUCACGAUGGCAAAUGGCCAGCCGGCCCUGCUGGGGCCAGUGCUGGUGGAGGUGUCGGUGCUGAGUAACGAGCCGGCCAAUCCGCGAGCCAUCGCUCUCUCGAAUCUGUCCACGCCCAUCUACAUCAGGCUGUCGCCGCAGGAGUUCCCAGGAGCGGCUUGCGCCUUCCUGAGAUCCGGCAGCUGGUCACAGGACGGCACGUAUCGACCAGAUGCAGCUGAAGUCGCUGCGGCCUUUGCAUUCGGGCCAUCGGGCUUGGAGGCAUCUCAGACGGGAUUUUGGUGUGCCACAAAUCACCUGUCCCUUUUCGGUAUCCUGGAGCCAAUUGAGGAAGCUCCUUGUGAUGGAAUCAUGCUUGGAAGCGAGUGCGUUGCCAUUGAAAUCUUGUUGGGAGCAGUGGGGGGACCGCUGGUGUGCUGCUCCAUCUGCUGCAUCGUUUACUGCUGCAUCAAAUGUCGGCGCCCAACAGCGGGCAAGGUGAAGCUAACGGAUCAGAGAGGAUCUUCUCAUGAGUUCGGAUUUCAGGUGGUGAAGGAGUCUGCCCUGUCGCGAGUUGUGCGAACUCCCACCACGAAGUCUGGAAAAUCUGGAAGAUCCGGCCAGGAGCAUGCCGAGCCGGAGGAGGUGGAAGCAGUCAAGAUCCAUGUGAGGUGGGACGUGGAUGUCGACAAAGCGCAGGAAGCAAACUUCGACUUCAGCGUUGCUCCGGACGGUGAAAAGAAGCCAGCGGGCUUCCUCGCUGUCACAGACACCGGGGUCUUGCUUGCGGAAUCUCCAAAAGUAAGACCGGCACUGUCGGAAAAGUCGAACGAUGCGCGGAGCGAGUCUCCUCGCAGCUCCAGGCAUCGGCAGCUUUCCGAGGCAGAAGAAAGAGUGCUGGCAGACAUGGAAGACAACGAGCCAGAGGAGUCAAGCCCAGCGCCGCAGGAGUUUCCAGAGGUGGAGGAUCCUGAAGACAUCCUCAUAAUCGCAAAUCCAGAUGAUGGCCAAGAUUCACCCAAGCGUAUCAAAUCUGUAUCGGGAAACUGGGAGAUGUUCGAGGACGGGGCGCACGUCGAGUAUUGGUCCGCAACACAUGCGCAGUGGCUGCAGGGCUACAUCGACGGCCCGGGCGUCGUCACACCGGCAGAUCCAAACGUCCCGACUUACAACUUGAUUCUGAAAGCGAAGAGAUCCUCAAAGCAAAGACGAGAAUUCGUCGAGCUUUCCGCCUUGAGGAAGCCGCUCAGAGAAGGCCAGACUGUUAGUGUCAAAUUGGAUGGCGAGGACAGGUGGCUUCCUGCUGUCGUCAUCGCACGACAGAGCAUUCCGCUAGGCUACCGGGUGCUUUUGGUUGAUGGACCUCACGACGGCGAGAGCGUGACGGUAUUGGCAGACAGAGUUCGCAAUCGGUUUCCAGCCGGGCAGCGCGUGGCUGUGUAUAGAGGCCUCCACGAAGGCUGGCGUGACGGAGUAGUUCGUGGCGACGCAGCUGAUGGAGUUCCCAGUGUAACUGUGGAGCUUGAUUCGAAGAUGGAGCUCGACGGGGAGGUUGUGGAAAGCUUGCAACAUCUUGUCCAGCCGGUGGACCGAACAGUCUCCUCAGCGCUCCGGCAUUCUGCAUCCUCCAACAGGGUUUCUAUGUAG